UCAAAGCAUUUAGCCACAAUUUGGUGAGUGAAAACCUUCUAUUUUACUAUAUAGCUUAUAACACAUAUUUGUAGAGCUAUGUCUUUCAGGCAGAGAACACCAACUUUCCGUCCACAACUUUCUAUGCGUCGUGUGUACGAGAAUUUGCAGCCACGAUCAGAGAUAAAAGAACUCCCAGGAGCUUAUCUUCUACAUAUUUAUCUUCCUGGAUUUCCAAAGGAAAAUGUAAAGGUUACAUAUGUGGCCCCUUCACGGAUGGUGAGGAUUUCAGGAGAAAGACAAAUUCUAGGCUCCAGAUGGAUCCGAUUCGACCAAUCAUAUCCUGUUCCUGAUUAUUGUGAGCCAGAGGCACUUCAGGCCAAGUUUGAAACUCCAGUUCUCAUCCUUACAAUGCCAAAGAAGACCACUUCACAAGACGAAGGUGUAGUACCUAAAGCAAAGCCUGAUGAAAAGGGCAAAGAAACCACUCCCCCACAACCUACAACAACUACUAAAGUGGAAGAACCAAUUGAAGACAAGAAAAGUGCCUCACCACCAAGCCCUGACUUGAAGGCACAACAAAAGGCUACUCUUGAAGACACACCACCUCAAAUCCCUUCGGAACCAAUUAAGCCUCAGAAGGGUCAAGGGGAAGCUGUAGAAAGACUUAGUUCUGCAGUAUCAGGUAAGCCUCAAAUGAAUCAAGAGUUGGAGCCAAAACCAACACCAAGGGCAACCACAAUGCAAACAAAUGAAAAGCCUCAAAAGGGUCAAGAGGAAUUUGAACCAAGGCCAACACCGACAAUCCUAACCAAAGUCAAAACAGCUGAGAAGCCCCAAAAGGGUCAAGAGGAAUUUGAACCAAGAGCUACACCAACACCAACAAUGCUAACCAAAGUAAAAACAGCUGAAAAGCCACAAAUGGGUCAAGAGGAAUUUGAACCAAGACCAACACCAACAAUGCUAACCAAAGUCAAAACAGCUGAAAAGCCACAGAUGGGUCAAGAGGAAUUUGAACCAAGACCAACACCAACAAUGCUAACCAAAGUCAAAACAGCUGAAAAAACCCAGGAGGGUCCAGGGGAAUUUGAACAAAAAUCAACACCAACAAUAGCACCAAAAACCGAAACAGAUGAGCAACCUCCAAAGAGUCAAGUGGAAGAUGAGCCAAAACCUACAGUAACAAAUGUUACCAGAAAGCCAUCAGUUAAAGAUCAAGUGGAGGAAAAGAAGACAGAGGAAACGAGUUCUGAUGACGAGGAGGAAGUGAAAGAGGAACCUUCAGAGUCAAGAAAGCCUGUGAAAGAUAAGGAGCAGAGUGAUUUUGAAGAGAAGGAAACCAAGACAGAAAAAUUGUUAGCCAAGGAAGUAGAACCUUCUGCUACAAAGAAGAAAAAAGAAAAAGAACCCAGCAGCAUAACUACUCCCAAAAAGGAAGGGAAGUGCCAAGAGAAUGCAAAGGAAUGGGUUGGUUCUGUUUCCCAGGUUGUCAGAAAAAUAGCAGAAGAGACAUGGAACGAGGAAGAGAAAAAAUUAGCAGCAAAUAUUGGUGCUGCAUUUCUGGUGAUUGCUGCAUUGGGAGCUUAUGUAUCCUAUAGGUUUUCCUCUUGAGGGAGAACCUAGAACUUGUUCCAGUCAAAAUACCCUUUCUCACACUUCCACAUGAACGAUAAACUGUAAUUCAAAUCAUGGUGAAAUAAAGCGCAUGCAAACCAUGAUUCAUAUUUCAUGUUUUAUACGAUCGGCAACCAUGUUGUGAAUAAAUGAAUUUAAACUAUAUAUUUCAUCUUA